AGAGGAGAGGAGAGAGAGAGAGAGAGGAGAAGGGGGCUUUUAUUGUAUUAGUCAUAUUUUCACAUUUUGGCAUAUCAAAGUUCAAUCAUCUCUCUAUCUUCUUCCUUUUCUCUCUCUUUCUCUCCACCAUUGAAGAAAAAUUUUCAGGUGUUUGAGGAAAGAGGAGGAGGAGUUAGUAAAAAAAAAAAAAAACUCUUAAAAAUUUGUGGGUAAGCGGUGGUUUUUGGGGCUCUUGGGCGAAGCAGAGAUGAAUGUCAUGCGUCGCCUUAAGAGCAUUGCUUCUGGACGUUCCUCCGUUUCAGAUCCUGGUGGCGAUUCGAGCAUAAAGAGGGUGAAGGUUGAGCAAGAAGUAGAUCAAAGGGUGGUUGGUGAAACUCAAAUGGAAGAGAGAUGUACAACUACAGUUCCAAAGGAGGAUAUGGCUUCCACUUCUAAGGGUACAACUACUGGAAGCACAUCAACUAUGGAUACUAGACCUGAAAAUUCGGAGUUUGAUGAGCUUCCUAAAGAAAUGCAUGAAAUGAAAAUUAAAGACGAAAAAGCUGAUAGUCAUGAGGAUAAUUUAAAGGAUAUGGAACCUGCUGUUGUUAGCGGUAAUGGAACGGAGACUGGUCAGAUAAUUGUGACUACUGUAAGUGGUCGAAAUGGACAACAGAAACAGACAUUGUCUUACAUGGCGGAGCGUGUGGUUGGUACUGGUUCAUUUGGAACUGUAUUUCAGGCUAAGUGCUUGGAAACUGGUGAAUCUGUUGCUAUAAAGAAAGUCUUACAGGAUAGAAGAUACAAGAACAGAGAACUUCAGAUUAUGCGCACCCUUGAUCAUCCUAAUGUUGUUAAACUAAGACACUGCUUCUAUUCUACCACUGAGAAGAAUGAAGUAUACCUUAACCUUGUCCUUGAAUAUGUGUCUGAAACCGUUUACCGAGUUUCAAGGCACUACAGCAGAAUGAACCAACACAUGCCCAUUAUAUAUGUGCAGCUAUACACAUACCAGAUAUGUCGGGCUCUGAAUUACAUGCACGGUGUUCUUGGUGUAUGCCAUCGUGAUAUUAAACCACAGAAUCUUUUGGUUAAUCCACACACACACCAGCUAAAGCUCUGUGAUUUUGGGAGUGCAAAGAUGUUGGUGCCUGGAGAGCCCAACAUAUCGUACAUUUGUUCUCGUUAUUAUAGGGCCCCUGAAUUGAUCUUUGGGGCUACGGAGUACACAACUGCAAUUGACAUGUGGUCUGCUGGUUGUGUUAUGGCUGAGCUGCUUCUGGGACAGCCUCUUUUCCCUGGAGAAAGUGGUGUUGAUCAGCUGGUGGAAAUCAUCAAGAUUUUGGGGACACCAACUAGAGAGGAGAUUAGGUGCAUGAAUCCAAACUACACGGAGUUCAAGUUUCCCCAGAUCAAAGCUCACCCGUGGCACAAGAUAUUUCAUAAAAGAAUGCCUCCUGAAGCAGUAGAUCUUGUAUCAAGGCUUCUUCAAUAUUCUCCAACUCUACGUUGUACUGCUUUGGAGGCAUGUGCACACCCUUUCUUUGAUGCUUUAAGGGAAGCAAAUGCUUGCUUGCCAAAUGGGCGACCUCUGCCACCUCUAUUCAACUUUACAGCUCAAGAGCUCUCUGGUGCACCUGCUGACCUGCGAAAACGCCUUAUUCCAGAACACUUGCGCAAGUGAAUUUUGUGAAGACAGUUGCUUAGGCUUUGUAAAUGGGUUUUUUUUGAGAGGUUUAGUCGCCUAAUCAGUGCACUUUGCUUCAGCAAAUGCAGCUGCUAUUCUUGGCCCUGGUAAUAUUUGAUGCAUUUGAACGCCAACAUGGAGCUAGUAACUUGCUAGUUGGUUUUGGAAGGAGGAUAUGUCAGAUACGUCGGUGAAUGAUCGGAAUGUCUCUGUCUAUAAACUUAUUAUGUGUUAAGCAUCGAAUACUCCCUGCAGUUUUAGAUGAGAGUUUUCAUCUGUUAAUUGAUACGUUGUAGCAAUAUCUAGUUUGUGGGUAUUCAUAAGAUUAAUGGGUGCUCCCAAACUGGAGUUAUAGAUGAAUUAUUAGGAAUUUUUUAAUUUUCAAGUAAACCAUUUCUUCUCUUCUGGUUGUCAGUGCUAAUAUAUUCACUCCUUCAGUUAA